AUGGAGGUGCAGGAUAUUCUGGGUGGCCUGCAGCCUUAUUCAGGACAGAUUAUUCCCAUCAAAACAGUACAAGAGACCCAAGCAUCUGAAGAGUUUGCCGACGCAUAUGUAGCAGAAGUGAAUGUGAAAUGUGCCUCGAAAGUCAUCAAAGCUCUUGAUUCGGCCUUUCCUCGCGACUCCUCCCUUUCCCUCAACCACCUCCGUCGUUUUGGAAGACGUGAUCAAUUGCCAGAGCCGCUCCUGUCAACCGUUCUGAAAGGAGACCCAUCCCCGCAGACUAUUUUCGUCUUGAUCUCGCCUCCUGUCCCCGACAAAGAAAAGCUUCAGGCCUUACUGGCCCCGUUUGCCCCUCCCCCACCAGAAAAUGCCCAACCAGAGGAUCCGCCCACGAUCCGCUUCCAUACUAUCCGGGUUCCCCUCCAACCGCCUAUGAACAACCGCCAAGCGGAGAGAUGGUCUAAAACGGUGUGGCCUGUCGUGUUCAACCCGUCUGCACCCCGAGCCAACAUCGCUCCGCCGCCUCAGAUUCUGAAUCGGACCCAGGAAUCGAUCCAGAGAGCAGGACAAUAUCUAGCACUCGCUCAGAAAGUAGCUGAAGGGGCAGAGCAGUCUGGUUAUGGCCGUGGGGUGGGAGCUGUGGUGGUCGAUCCAUCGAUUGAGGCUACGAUAGACGAUGGCAGCGGUACUCAAUGGGCGCAGGCUGUCGUUGCCGUUGCAGGAGAUGCUCGAUAUUCACGACGAGAGGCGGGUGCUCUAUCGGAAUCGGAAUUACACCUUGGAACUGGGCCAAACCCGGCUAGCAAGACAUACAACGCAGACUUGGAGGGAGGGCCGGAACUACACGCCUUGAUGCGUGCUGUAGAUAUGGUCGCUCGCAAACGACGGGAAGAACAUGAAUUAGCAGACCCAACGAUAACAUCGACAUCAUCGAUUGAUAAACCGUAUAUAAACGCAUUGGAAACGCAUUUCCUCUCCCAAUCAGAUACAUCUUCGCCAUUCUUACUCGACCCGGAAGACCCAUCACCUGUUCCAGAAAAAUUCCAGAAAACCAGCAGCACCACUGCUGCUCCUAUCACCAAAACGGCCGACGAGGAUUCGGAAGCGCCCCCGCGCAUUCGCUCUCGUUCCCAGGGCGGCUACCUCUGCUCCGAUCUUGACGUAUAUCUCACCCACGAGCCUUGUGUAUGCUGCUCAAUGGGUCUGCUUCUCUCGCGAUUCCGCGCGGUCAUUUUCUCUCGGAAAGGACGCUUAGUUACAGGGGGGUUGGCAUCGGAACCUGUCAUCUCCCCCACCGCAGAUGACGACGAGGCAGAACCGGAGGUAUAUGAUGAACCGGAGGGGACAAAGGACAAAUCGAUUGAUCCUCGAACAAAUCGGAAAUACUACGGGUUGCAUUGGAGAAAGGAGCUGAACUGGCGGGCCCUGGGGUUCGAGUUUGUUGAGGAAAGUCAGCCAUUAGAUGAGGAGGGGAUAGAGGGAGAGAAGGGGGUUGCAUUUCAUGCAUGA